UUAGAAAGGUUUUAACUUUUAAUGCAAGUUUCAGUUUUAACAUCAAUAAAAUCACAAACUUUUUUGUGAGAAAUUAUUAUGUUUAACCAGAUUUAACUGAAAGGAAAAAUAAAGCUUUAAAUGGUAAAAAAAAAGUGAAUUAAUGGAAUAAAAAUGAAUAAUAUAUAAAAUAAAUUUAUCACACUCAUUUAUAUCAAAAUCAUAGAGGAAACUUUUUUCUUACCGAAUAGAAGAAAUAAUCUUACACUAGGAUAGUAACUUACACUUUGAAAGCAGAGUUACUUUUGUUAAUAAAUUUAUUAAUAUGUAUGCUUGUUCACUAAUAUAUUUAGGCAUGGUUUUUCAGUUUUUGAUUUUUACUUUGGUUCUGGUCGGUUGUGGUUUUGGUUUUUGAUCAAUAAAUAAUCAAUAAAUAUAUGAACAACUCGGUUGUCUAUGAAUAUGAUUUUUUGCUUUAUUUAUUUUGGUUUGGUUCAAAUAACAAUAUUAUGAACCCGAAAAAAAUUGAAUUCAAUUCAAGCGCGUGGAUUUGCGUAGAGAUAUUCAUUUAACAUGCAUCCAUUGUCAAUUUUGUUAGUAUGUAGUUGUCAGUAUUAGCUCAUUUGUGCUUGUAUCCAAGUAAUGGUUGUAAUGUUUACAGCCAUUGCAUGCAUAUAUCGACGCACCAAUAUCUUUUUGUCCUUUAAAAACAAUUUCGACUGCACACAAAAAGGUACAAAUAAUUAUUUUAUGAAAUUGAUAUGGUACCCUAGCAAAAUUAACUUAGUAAUCAAAUCGAAAAGCAAAUCUCGUUCUCAGUUUAACCUAAUUGUCUUAUUCAUACACAUUGUUAUUCAUUCCGUUUCAGUUUAUUUGUCGUUGUAAAGUAAAAAUUUUACUGCAAAAUAAGUGUUAUUUUAUAGUUUAUAUACAAAAUUUAUUAAUAAAAUUCUCUCAUUGAUUUUUCUAUUGGUUAUAUUGGUUGAAAUAUGGUUAAAUGUAUAAAUAAUGAUGUUUUUAUUUUGAAAAUAUAUAAAAUUAACUAUUUUAUUAAUUUGUGUGUACUAAUGUAAAACGAAAAACAAAACAAAACAUGGAGGGAGUAUAAUUUUUAACACACGUCAAUAUCGAUUGGUGCAAAUUUAAAGUUAUCCGCAGACCAAACAUAAAUAGUAAUAAUAUGUACUAAUUGAUGGAAUUGAUAUCGUACCUAACCAAAUUAUAGUCUGACCUUAAUUAUUGUCUCUGAUAUCUCUGAAUCCAGCACUGACAAUAAUUUGGUUAUAGAAAAUAUAGGCUUUUCAUAAAAUACUCAUCCACAAAGAAAAUGACAGAAUAUAAAACUAAACGAUGUCACUAGCAUUUUUACUUGACCAUCAGUGCAAUAAUAAACAUAAAUAAUAAGUAAAUUGACCAUGAAAAACAUAAAUCAACUAUAUAAAGAAGGCCCUCGUUAGCAUACCGCGAGAAACAAAAGCAAGCUAAAUAAAAGAUCAUAUCAUCCACCAACAAAAUGGUGUUAGAGACAACAAAAAGUGAGGAACCAAUCAUGAGCCAGUCAAAGACGGUAUGUGUGAUAGGCGCAGGACCAUCAGGGUUAGUGUCGGCGAGAGAGCUAAAGAAAGAAGGGCAUAAGGUGGUGGUGAUGGAGCAAAACGACGACGUAGGAGGGCAAUGGCUAUACCAACCAAACGUGGAAGAAGAAGACUCAUUGGGGAAAACCAAAAUCCUAAAAGUACAUAGCAGCAUUUACUCAUCCUUGAGGUUGAUUUCGCCGAGAGAAAUAAUGGGUUUCUCUGACUUCCCUUUCACGGUUAAGGAAGGAAGAGACACGAGGAGAUUUCCCGGUCAUGAGGAGCUUUGGUUGUAUCUUAAGGAUUUUUGUGAGGUGUUUGGGUUGAGAGAGAUGAUUAGGUUUAAUGUUAGGGUUGAAUUUGUGGGGAUGGUGAAUGAUGAUGAUAUUACGAAGAGAUGGAGAGUGAAGAGUGUAGAGAAGAAGAGUGGUGAGGUUAUUGAAGAAGUGUUUGAUGCUGUUGUUGUUGCCACUGGCCAUUACUCUUACCCCAGAUUGCCUUCUAUUAAAGGAAUGGAUUUGUGGAAGGGAAAGCAAGUUCAUAGCCAUGUCUACAGGGUGCCUGAUCCUUUUCGUGACGAGGUGGUGGUGGUCGUAGGCGGCUUCAUCAGUGGACCGGACAUAUCAAUAGAGCUUGUGAAAGUAGCAAAGGAAGUUCAUUUAAGUGUCAAAUCACUUGACGUUUCUCCUGGCCUGUCUAAAGCCAUUACAAAACAUCAGAGCUUGCAUCUCCAACCACAGAUCGAAUCUCUAGAGGAAGAUGGACGUGUCAUUUUCGUUGAUGGGUCUUGUAUCGUAGCUGACACCAUUUUAUACUGUACUGGGUAUCGGUACAAAUUUCCAUUUCUCGAGAGUCAAGGAAGAGUAGAAGUUGAUGAUAAUAGAGUGGGUCCACUCUUCGAACACACAUUCUCACCUUCUCUUUCUCCUUCUCUGUCCUUUGUCGGCAUCCCUCAAAAGUUGAUAGGGUUUCCAUUCUUCGAAUCACAAGCGAAAUGGAUUGCAAUGAUUUUGUCAGGCAAGACUUCACUUCCUUCCUACGAUGAAAUGAUGCAAUCAGUGGCCGAGUUCUACCGCGCCAAUGGAGUCCCUAAGCGUAACACUCAUGACAUCGGAAGAGACUUCGUCAAUUAUUGCGAUAAAUACGCGGAUUACACGGGAUAUCCACAUCUGGAGGAAUGGAGAAAGAAGCUGUGUGUGACAACUAUACUGAGAUCCCUGGAUAAUCUUGAGACUUAUCGUGAUUCUUGGGACGAUGAUCAUGAGCUCCUUCAAGAAGCUCUUCAAGACCCUUAUUUUGCUCAACGAACUACCCCUUAAAAGAGAAAAGCUUUUGAUGCAAGUUUCGACUUUUGUCUGAUUGAUUAAUUAUAAUAAACCCCAAAAAAAAAAAGAACUCUUAAACAUUCUGUGGUGUAUUUUCAUAUAUAUAUAUAAAUAAACCUCCUAUCAUCUAAGUUCAUCCCUUUAGAUGAAAUAUAGAAAGCUAGACACA